UGCGUAGGGCCGCCCAACAGUAUGGCCUUCGAGAGGGAGGGGAAAAUGACGACUGGACUCUCUACUGGACUGACUACUCAGUGUCGCUGGAGCGGGUGAUGGAAAUGAAAAGUUACCAGAAAAUCAAUCACUUCCCAGGGAUGAGUGAAAUAUGCCGCAAGGACAUGCUGGCCAGGAAUAUGAACCGCAUGUUGAAGUUGUUCCCUAAAGAUUUCCACUUUUUCCCCCGGACCUGGUGUCUUCCUGCUGACUGGGGAGAUUUGCAGAACUACAGCAGGUCAAGAAAAAAUAAGACAUAUAUUUGUAAGCCAGAUUCAGGCUGCCAAGGGAGAGGCAUAUUCAUCACCCGGACGGUGAAAGAAAUCAAGCCAGGGGAGGACAUGAUCUGUCAGCUCUAUAUUUCAAAGCCCUUUAUCAUUGAUGGGUUCAAGUUUGAUCUACGGAUUUAUGUGCUGAUCACAUCCUGUGACCCCCUCAGGGUUUUUAUGUAUAAUGAAGGACUGGCCCGCUUUGCCACAACCUCUUAUUCCCACCCUUGCACAGACAACCUGGAUGAUAUCUGCAUGCACCUGACUAAUUAUUCCAUUAAUAAGCACAGUUCCAAUUUCAUUCAAGAUGCACACUCCGGCAGCAAGAGGAAGCUCUCCACCUUCAACCUGUACAUGGAGAGCCAUGGCUACAACGUGGAGCAGAUUUGGAGAGAUAUCGAGGACGUCAUCAUCAAGACGAUCAUCUCGGCCUACCCCAUCAUCAAGCACAAUUACCACACCUGCUUCCCCAACCACACACUCAACAGCGCCUGCUUUGAAAUCCUGGGCUUUGACAUUUUGUUGGACCGCAAACUCAAGCCCUGGCUAUUGGAGGUAAACCACUCUCCGAGCUUCUCCACCGACUCCUGCUUGGAUAAAGAGGUGAAGGACAGUUUGCUGUAUGACACCUUGGUUCUGAUCAACCUGGGAAGCUGUGACAAAAAGAAAGUCUUGGAGGAGGAGAGGCAACGGGGGCGGUUCCUGCAGCAAUGUCGUUCUCGGGAAACCAGGAUCGAGGAAGUCAAGGGUUUCCAGGCCUUGCGUUUGGAGAAAACGGAGAAGUAUGAGGAGGGGAACUGCGGGGGGUUCCGCCUAAUUUAUCCCAGACUGAACUCAGAGAAGUAUGAGAAGUUUUUCCAGGACAACAACUCCCUCUUCCAGAAUACUAUUGCCUCCAGGGCCCGGGAGCUGUAUGCCCGGCAACUGAUCCAGGAGCUGAGACUAAAACAGGAGAAAAAAUCCUUCCACAUGAAAGAGAAGAAGGUAGAGAUGCAGGGGGAGUCGGCAGGAGAGCAAACGAGAGGCAAGGGCACGAAGAGCUGGCGACAGACACAACAGCAGAAAUACAAGGCCGCCACCAGCCGUGCCCCCAGACAACCAUUGACAUUAGUGUCCUGCACACUUGACAUGCCCUUGAAUGUCAGAGAGGCAAAGAAAAAUGAGACAGAGAUCAGCCUCGAGCAGGAGGCCCUCAAGAUGAGCGAUGGCUUUGCUCCCCCUAAGCCUAUGUCUGCGAGACGUUACAGCUCUGUACCCAACCUGAGGGAUUCAAGCUUGUUCAGCUGCUCUGACCUGGAGCUCAGUGAGCCCAUCUCCAGACUCAAGGAAGCCAAGUCUGCCUCUGCAGUGAACAUGCUCACCGGCACUGUGCUCUUAACUUCAGCAGAAACUUCAGAAUCCAGCACCCAAGUCUCAGACUCUCCUGAGUCUCUGCUGAGCAUGACAGCCAGCUCUGAAUGCAGUAGCCCAGAGACAGACGCGGUGGUCUCCUUUAAAUGCAAGCAGCAGCCGAUCCCCCAGCACCUCCUCCAGGAGAAAAUAUCAAAAAUUUAUCUGCCUACAAGAUCCCAGCGCUUUUUGGGGAAUCUGAACCCACGCUGGACUUUGCUAAAGAAUAACAUGAAGAAGCAGCAUCGGAUGUCAGAGCUGUUCACCAACGUUCAGCUGAGGAAGAAGCUCUCCUUGUUCCCAGCUGCCUACAACUCGAAGCUGGUGCUAAGCAACCAGUCACAAAAUGCUUUCCUGCCCCAGGAUUGCUACUUCCGCAGCCGAAGCUCUGAUGGGAAGAGGCCGCUGGAUGUGUCCUCCCUCCUCUUCUUGAAGGACUCUCAUAGCAGUGAUGUCUCUCUGAGCGAUCUACUGGUGGUCGCCACCUCAGCCCGACUGGGUCCGAGGCCCGGCAAAAGCCGUCCAGGUGCUGUGAGGGGCCCGUGUAUAAAAGAUCGGGAAGCAUGCAGUCGCUGCCUGAUCUCCGGCCAAAAAGGAUGCGAGAGAAAAUAGAAUCAGCCUGGAUCUCUGCCAUUCCUGCCUCCCCUCCCCCUUUUUUUACUUUUUACUCCCAGGAAAUAAUAUGUCUCUUCUUACACUGUGUAUAAUGCCCAUAGGAUCAACCAAAAUUUUUAUUUUCUCAUCUAGAUAUCCUGGUCAUAUAACUACCUCCCUCUCAUUAGCACCACUGAGUCCAACAGCCUUGUUUUUUGCCGCCUCCCAGUUAGCUGCCAGUGCUGUAGAACUAUGACUUCUGGGAGUUAUUGGUGCUGUCCCAGGACAUACCCCAGUUGCUCCUAUGAGUGUCAUUCCUAUGGAUCCCUCAAAUGGCACCAUCAUCCAGAACACUCCCCCAGACAGAGCAAUGUGAGGGGAGGAGUGUUUUAGAGAAGGACUCACAACUCUCAAUGAUCCAAAACCCUCAGUCCACCAACAGGCCUGUGUCAGUUGGUCUUCAACUCCAAAGAGCAAAGGCAGAGAAAGGGCUUGGCAUGAUGGAGAACCCAGAGCCCCGAGUAAGGGAAUCGGAGCAGUUGUAACCACAGAUCAUACUUCCUCCCCUCCCAGCCCUCUCAGUGCCCAAACAUCUUCCUGCUACCUCCAUCACCAGCCCAACUCAAUCUCUCCAGCGAAGAGCCCUGGUUACCAGAGGAGGGGCGAGAGUACCCAGCCUUCAGAUGUUUCUUCCAUCGACCUACAGAAAUGAUGCAUUUUCCCCUCACGUGUACAUUAAUAAAAUAAAUCGCCAUGCUCAAUGCCAGGACAAGGAAUCUGAUUCAGAGACAGAGUGGGAAGGGGA